AUGAUUCAUUUGCAUCAUCCCGGAUUAUUAAGUUCCGUAAAUGACUCCAGAAACGUGCGACUAACUUUCAUUGACUUUUAUGCAAAUGACAACGAGUACGAGCGGCCUUUUCUUAAAACCAUCAAGACUUCAUCCGACGAUAUUUUUCUCGACAAACUACUGGAACGAAGUCAAAUUGUGAUGAAAAGAAAAGAAAAAUCAACAAAAGCUGUAAGCUCAUUAAAGUCUUAUAAUGAUCUCGAAAAACACCCGCGAUCUGAUUUGAAAGGAAAACAAUCAGCAAAAUAUAUUUACGAAGACUAA